AUGGAUCUCGAAGCCGCUUUGAAACAGCGAGUAGACCUCUACAAGACUCUCGACAUUGAAAUAGUAACGCCAGAUGAUUUAUCCAAGGUGACCUCGCUUCAGAUACGGCGGAAAUUUAGGCAAAAAGCGUUAAGAUAUCACCCCGAUAAAAACCCAGAUCAGGAUGCUGCUGUUAAAUUUCGUCUUCUGAAUGAAGCAGUCGAAAUUCUGGAGAACUCCGCAACGAGAAAGGCGUACGAUUCGUGGUAUAAUGGAAAUUUUAUAAAACAGCGGGAAGUGGAUAGAAACAUACAAUUGCAGAGAGAAAAGCUGCAUUUGCGAGAGGAAGCUGCUGUCUCUCAACCUUACCAGAGCCUUGAUCUGUCGGAUUACGAGAAGUAUGGUCAAACGCUGCGAAAAAUGAAACAUUUUAAGAUUCCAUACGGCGACUGGCGCCAUAUCGAGAAGAAUCCGAGCAUGCCAAGACACAAACUGCAGGAAAUAUGUACGCUCCGUCUAGAAAUUACAAAUACUGGCCUCCUACGAAGUAAAGACCACCUUCGCGAUUUAGCGAGCAGCGAGUUCCAGGCAGCAAUUUUCGACCUUUACUACUCUUCGCGGAACGACUACAAAAACGACAGCACGAUCGUUUCAUAUGUUGUGUUCGAGAAGAUUGAAGAUGUGUUACGAAUUCUAAACCUAUGGUAUGCCAAGCAGAACCCGUCGGAGUCGCGAGGUGUCCUGUGGAAUUAUUUGGAAGAUAUUUCUCCCAAAGUCAAUCCCUCCGUGUUCUCUUUUGAUCGACAGGUUGAUAUCUCACCCGAAAUAAGGCAAAGAGUUGCCAACGAGGCCAUUCAGCUGGAUUGA